AUAAGCGAAGUAUGUAGUUCCGAGUUGUUCGAGGCUAUCAAUUCUAUGUUCACUUGGUAUACACACGCAAAAACAUACUAUGUCUACCUGGCUGAUGUAUACCGUGCAGGAUUAUUCGACCCACAUACCGUUCCUGCAGAAUUCUCAGACAGCCGGUGGUUUCAACGAGGGCGGACCCUCCAAGAGUUAAUGGCCUCGAAGGAUAUUUCUGUUGAUACCCGAGACUGGACUUGGAUCGGGACCAAAUCUUCUCUUAUUGAGGUUCUCCAGACAAUUGGGGUCAGCCAGGCUGCCUUGACACUAGAAAGGGGGUUUCUAGAUUAUUCGCUGACUCAAAGGAUGUCAUGGGCUUCGAAAUGACAAACAACCCCGCUUGAGGACCGUGCCUACUGUUCUGCUUAGGCUCUUCAAUGUCAAUAUUCCCUUUCUAUAUGGUGAGUGCUCAAGUGCCUUUUUAAAG